AUGUCGACCGAGUUCAUCUCCUUCCUCGGGCCCACGGCCUCGCUGGCCGCCUAUGACCCCACCAAGCCUGCCGCCAAGCAAGAAUCCAAGGACAUCCCAACCGCCUUCAAAGACGCCAUGACGGUGCGCCAGCGCGUCUUCGUUGAGGAGCAAGGCGUAGCGUUGGAGAACGAGUUCGACGGCGACGACCCGCGCUGCUACCACUGGGUCGUGUACGCCUCGGUCGGCACCACCAACGGCCACAGCAACGGCGCGAACAGCUCUUCGUCUGACCCGCUCGAUGACCCCGCUGCCCCCGCCCGCCGCAACAGCACUGCUAACCGCGUCGCCGUUGGCACGAUCCGCCUUGUCCCGCCGCCUCACCCCGCUCACCCCGCACCUUCAGACCACCACAAGUUCGACAACAGCCUGCACGCGCCGCCGACCAUCUGCUCCGGCAACGGGCACGACCAACUUCGCCGCAACAGCGACGGAAGCGCGGACGGCAGCACCGCUAAGCCUGUCGAACCCUACAUCAAGCUCGGCCGCAUGGCCAUCCUGCCUGCGUACCGCAAGCUCGGCCUCGCUGCACUGCUGGUGCGCACGGCGCUCGAGUGGGCGCGCCAGAACGCAAACGAGGUGCUGUCACCGCCGCCGCCCGAGGCCGUCGAGCUGGCGCGCGUCGAGGGCCGCGAAUCCGAGCUUGAGGCCUGGCGUGGCUUGUGCCUUGUGCAUGCGCAGGCGGCGAUUGAGCGCUGGUGGACCAAGUUUGGGUUUGUCACAGAUCAGUCGAUGGGUGUAUGGGACGAGGAGGGAAUUGACCAUGUCGGGAUGUGGUUGAGGGUGAAGGUUAAGGAGUAA